AGAGAGAAGUGGGAGCGCAGGAGGAGGAGGACCGUCACAGAAAGCACCGGAGCGACGGCGGCGCAGGCAGACGCGAACAUCCCGGCUCAUCAUUCACCGCAAAACGAUCCUUUAUUUACGCGCACUCAUCGGGGAUCUGGACGAGCGAUAACGGCCUCAUCUGACACCGAGCACCCCGGCUGCAUACGUUUGUUUUAUUUUUAUUUUAUUUUUUCGGGAAUAACCAAGGAGUUCCACUCCCCGAGCGCACGGCUUGCAUCGUGGCUCUUUCAGAAGUGGCAUGUUCGAGGGAUACGGCGGACGCAAUUGAACUCCUGCUUUCACCCAAAGAGGAUUCAAUGAAAAUGUCCGUGUGCGUCCAUGAGAACCGGAAGUCCCGAGCCAGCACCGGCUCUAUGAACAUCUACCUUUUCCACAAGUCCUCCUAUGCCGACAGUGUCCUCAUGCACCUCAACUCUCUACGGCAGCAAAGGCUCUUCACGGACGUCCUGCUUCAUGCUGGCAGCCGCUCCUUUCCCUGCCAUCGCGCCGUGCUGGCUGCCUGCAGCCGCUACUUCGAGGCCAUGUUCAGUGGUGGCCUGAGGGAGAGCCAGGCCAGUGAGGUGGACUUCCGCGACUCCAUCCACCCGGAGGUUUUAGAGCUUCUGCUUGAUUAUGCGUACUCAUCACGCGUGGUCAUCAACGAGGAGAAUGCAGAGUCACUACUGGAGGCCGGGGACAUGUUGGAGUUUCAGGACAUUCGCGACGCUUGCGCCGAAUUCUUAGAGAGAAACCUUCACCCGUCCAACUGUCUUGGGAUGCUGUUGCUGUCUGACGCCCAUCAGUGUACCAAGCUGUCAGAGCUCUCCUGGGGCAUGUGUCUCAGCAACUUCCCUGCUAUUUGCAAGACAGAGGACUUCCUCCAGCUGCCCAAAGAUAUGGUGGUGCAACUUUUGUCACACGAGGAGCUAGAAACAGAAGAUGAGAGACUUGUUUAUGAAGCCGCCCUUAACUGGAUCAACUAUGACCUGGAAAGGAGGCACUGCCAUCUACCAGAGCUCCUGAGAACCGUCCGCCUAGCUCUGCUGCCGGCCAUCUUUUUAAUGGAGAACGUCUCGACAGAAGAACUGAUCAACGCCCAGGCCAAGAGCAAGGAGCUGGUGGAUGAAGCCAUCCGCUGUAAGUUGAAGAUCCUGCAGAACGAUGGUGUUGUAAACAGCCCAUGUGCACGACCAAGAAAAACCAGCCACGCGCUCUUUCUUCUGGGUGGGCAGACUUUCAUGUGUGACAAGUUGUACCUGGUGGACCAGAAGGCCAAAGAGAUCAUCCCUAAGGCUGACAUCCCCAGCCCCAGGAAGGAGUUCAGCGCCUGCGCUAUUGGCUGCAAGGUGUACAUCACUGGUGGGAGGGGCUCAGAGAAUGGCGUGUCCAAAGAUGUAUGGGUCUACGACACUGUCCACGAGGAAUGGUCGAAGGCAGCGCCCAUGCUCAUCGCCAGAUUUGGCCAUGGCUCCGCAGAGUUGAAACACUGCCUCUACGUCGUAGGGGGUCACACUGCAGCAACUGGCUGCCUCCCAGCUUCUCCGUCAGUGUCACUCAAACAGGUGGAGCAGUUCGACCCAGUGGCAAACAAGUGGACCAUGGUGGCUCCUCUUAGAGAGGGCGUGAGCAAUGCGGCAGUAGUCAGCGUCAAGCUCAAGCUGUUCGCCUUCGGAGGAACCAGCGUCACCCACGACAAGCUGCCCAAGGUGCAGUGCUACGACCCACAGGAGAACCGAUGGACUGUGCCCGCAUCCUGCCCGCAACCGUGGCGCUACACAGCUGCGGCCGUGCUGGGCAACCAGAUCUUUGUCAUGGGCGGGGAUACCGAAUUCUCGGCAUGCUCGGCGUACAAGUUCAGCAGCGAGACCUACCAGUGGACUAAAGUGGGGGAUGUGACGGCCAAGCGGAUGAGCUGCCAGGCCGUGGCAUCGGGGAAUAAACUGUAUGUGGUGGGCGGGUACUUUGGCACACAGCGGUGUAAAACUCUGGACUGCUAUGACCCCACACUGGAUUCGUGGAACAGCAUCACGACUGUGCCAUACUCACUCAUUCCUACUGCUUUUGUCAGCACCUGGAAACACCUACCUGCUUGAGUCCUAAAUCUUCGAUCUGCACCCUCUCCAUGAGAUUUCCCUGUUUUGCAUCAUCUACUGGUCUCCCAACUGUGAAGAAGCACACGUUCUCUUCCUCCUGAAAAAAAAUUCAAAAAAAUUCAAAAAAAUUAUUAAAAAAAAAAAAAAGGGAAAAGAGAGACGCCGAGCAGUGAUGUACAGCUACCCGCAUUCAUUUUUGACGUCGCAGCGAUGCAGAGCCGGAGACGGCUGGACACUUCCCCCCGUCUCGUUUCUGAGAAAGGAAGCCGAGGCGGACGCGCAAAGAAACCAAACAAAACUGCUGCUUGUUGUAUGAGGCGACCUUGUGUGGCAUACCUGCCUUUCGCUUUCAUGCUGCCGUAGGAGCGCCGCAAACAUAUCACACAACCCGCAUUUGUCCCGUUUAGUCGUGACAGGCUUGUGAGGAUCUGUAUCGAUGUUUUUCUCUAUGGUAAUAAUAAUAAUAAUAAUGUUAAAAAAAAAAUACUGUAUAGCAUGAUGUUUAGAUUGAAGAAGGGGGAAUGCAAUGAUCGGUGUGCUAAAGAACAAAAAGACUGAACAUAGGUUUAUAAAAAGGCACAAUGAAGGAGCAAAUCCCCACUUCUAUACCCUCUUAAAUAAGUUUGUAUUUACUUUCGAUUAUUUCCGACGUCUGACAGCUCUGACACGGAGACCUCCGCCUCUUACGAAGGCUUUCACUGCGAGUCACGAGGCGCCCGACGACCAGACACCAGCUGAGGUUGAGGAGGACGGGGAGGGGGUUCGGUGCGAGUUGGUCCCAGGUGCCUCCGGGUCACGACCUUUUACGUGUUUGCUGUUUUGCAGCGACGCAUUAGCGCCCGGCCGUCCACCGACCCCACCGCCGUACGCGCCCGCUACGGGAGGAGCGCCGUCACAUUGAGCUGUACGCUUAGAUGCUGUAAAAGCUCGCUGAGUCACGGCUGAACCCUUUUAAGAGCAUGCACACUCAUCGUGAUUCAGUACAAACUGGCAUGAACUCCUCUCCGUGGUCGCAGGAAUCCUGUCACCUUAACACAAACUGAGAAUCUCAUCAGUUUCUUCUUGCUGCAAUGUAGUCUUAAUUUAUAUGGCAAUGGUUACUCUGUUCUGUAAUAUGUUUAAUCCUAUUUAUUUCUUCUCUGCCUGCAUUCAUAUGUGAAUGUAUGUUUUUUUUUUUUGUUGUUUUUUUUGGGGUUGUGUCAUGCAUGGCCAUGUGUUGUGUUCUAUUUGAUCUCAGUGGGGCUGCAUUUUGCACAGUUCAGUCUCAUUCUCUUAAAAGACACGGAGGUGCACCUCAGUUAUUUCCGAGAGCGUGGAUGGAAGAGGAAGAACGGCUCAAAUUACUGGUGACGUGAAGCAGUCGUUAGCAAAGGUCAUGGGGUCCCUACCGCGUCAAACACUGCGUCCGAUGGAUUCUUUUUAGGCUCCAACCUGGGCCCAAACCUGCCUUAAACCGGCCCAAUUUGGAGCCCAACUGAAGCAAUGAAACGAGAUUUAAAAAACUACAGCUGAACGACGCAUUGUGUGACCCGUUAACUAGGAGGGACAUCACAGGGCGACCCCCGGACAUGGUUAAGAAUGCCACGGUCUUUGCAGCUGUCUGUCCUGAGGACAGCUGGAGGGACGGUCACAUGCGCUAACUUAGCCGCGUUGAGUGUAAAAGUCUUCUUUACCGUAACACUGAGGAAAGGGUUUGGUCCAGUGAGCUGCGCGUUGUUAAGGGCAGACACCACAGUGCUUUUCACCAUAGUGUCAUUGAUGCACAUAAAAAAAAAAAAGAAAAUAAACAUAUUGCUGAUGAAGUUUUAUGAAGACCAAAAAAGAAAAGAAAAAAACAGUGAAUGUCUUAAAAAAAAAACAAAAAAAACAACUUGCAUAUGAAAUACUACGAAAUAAUCAGUGUUUCUGUCUGUGUCCGUCUACAAAACAUUGACGUUUUACAAUUGAAUAUUAAUGGAAUCAUUGAGUUUCAAUGUAAGAGGUGGUGUUUUGGUGUCUUUUUUUUUUUUUUUUCAAAUGUCACGGACUCAUGAACUGAAAUCUUUCAGAGUAGUGGUGGGAGGGCGGGUGAAGUGGCUAACAGCCCCUUUAAUGCUAGUUCACCUCCUUAAGCCACCCAAAAGUUCCAUUCAUUAGCGAGACCUCUGCGGAGACCAUUGUGACCUCCUCCAACCACUGAGCACGGAGCCUCUGAGCUCCCACCAAUCAGAUAAGAGCGUUUCUUUCCCAUAGAGCACACGUUUCCCCGGCAACAGCGAGUAAUGAAUGCCCCUUCAAUUUGCACCUAAUUGCUGAGUGGCAUUUCCCAUUUCUGCUCUUGCCCUCCUCUUAUCCUCCGUCUCAGAUUCGAGCGCAAAUAAAAAAAAGAACAAAAAAAAAAAGAAAAAAUUGGACAGAAAACACUGUCGGCGUGCAUCCGUUUCUUUUCUCUCUCUCUCUCUCUCAUCAUGUAAGAGUUUAAUUUCUAUUUUUUAUGGCAUUAUUUUGUACAUGUGAUUUUUUUCACAAUGUGAAAUUUCAUGGCUAAUAAACAUAAAGAGUUUUUUCCUCUUGAA